AAUAAAAGCCCUAAAACGCGCUGAGUCGAGUUCUGACCUCACGAGUGUUCGCAGAGCUGACUCGCGAUUCCAACCCUUUCACAGGCUCAAAGCCUCUCCUUCCUCCUCCUCCUAUGAACACCCACACCCAAUUUUAUGCAUUUGUAUUGAAAAUUAUUUUUUUAUCAUUUUGAUUUCAAAUGUUUCUACAUAUUCAUCAUAUAGCACUCAGAAGAAAAUCAAUGCAAGAGAGAAGAAAAUCCGUGGCUGCAAGCAAAAGAGCCGAUGAGGUGACGCAAUUGCUACCUCCUUUCACCGAUUUCAUCAUCUAAUUCUCGUCUUUCGAAGGUUAAAAGCAGCUCAUAGGGGUUGUAAUUAUGACUAUUUUCCUGCUCAUGAAAAAUUUCAUUCUGAGCUUAAGUUGGAAUGAAUUGGUUCUGCUUGAAUGAUUUGUAUGAGGAUUUGUAGGAGUACCUCCAGGCCUGCUGGGUUGCUUUCAAAUGAUUCUUCAGGGAGGCAUGAGGCUGUAGUAGAACUUCCUGAAUGGUUGAAGAAAUGCCUCCACUUCGCUCCCCUGGAUUUGUUGACCCUGGAUGGGAGCACGGCGUUGCUCAAGAUGACAGGAAGAAGAAGGUCAAGUGCAAUUAUUGUGGAAAAAUAGUUAGUGGCGGGAUAUAUAGACUGAAGCAACAUCUAGCUCGAGUUUCGGGGGAAGUAACAUAUUGCGAGAAAGCUCCAGAAGAAGUAUAUUUGAAAAUGAAAGAAAACCUGCAAGGAUGUCGUUCAAGCAAGAAACCGAGGCAGUCUGAAGAUGAUGAACAAACAUUUUUGAAUUUCCAUUCCAAUGAUGAUGAAGAAGAGGAAGAGCAUGUUGGGUAUUCAGGCAAAGGAAAGCAGUUGAUGGUUGAUAGUAAUUUGGUUAUAAAUUUGGCUCCCCUUCGGUCAUUAGGAUAUGUUGACCCUGGGUGGGAGCAUGGCAUUGCUCAAGACGAGAGGAAGAAAAAAGUAAAAUGCAAUUACUGUGAGAAAGUAGUUAGUGGGGGUAUUAAUCGGUUUAAACAACACCUAGCCAGAAUACCUGGAGAAGUAGCACCUUGUAAAAAUGCUCCUGAGGAAGUAUAUCUUAAAAUAAAAGAGAAUAUGAAAUGGCAUCGAACUGGGAGGAGGCAUAGACGACCUGAUGCAAAGGAGAUAUCAGCUUUUUACAUGCAAUCAGAUAAUGAAGAUGAAGAGGAGGAGCAAGAGGAAGAUUCUGUACACCAUAUGAGCAAGGGAAAACUAAUAAUUGGUGGUAAGAGGUUGGGAAAAGACUUGAGAAAAUCACCUACGGGGAUGUACUCUGGUAGUGGUUCUGGGGCAUUAUUGAAAAGAUCUAGAUUGGAUUCUGUUGUUUUGCAGUCUCCAAGGACUCAGAUCCCAUCAUCUUACAAGCAAGUGAAAGUGAAAACUGGAUCCAGUAGAAGAUCCCGCAAGGAAGUUAUUUCUGCAAUUUGCAAAUUUUUUUAUCAUGCAGGAGUUCCAUCACACGCAGCAAAUUCCCCCUACUUUAAUAGGAUGUUGGACUUGGUUGGUCAAUAUGGCCAAGGUUUAACAAGUCCUCCAAGUCGACUGAUAUCUGGUCGUUUUCUACAGGAUGAAAUGACAGCCAUCAGAAACUAUUUAGUUGAGUAUAAAGCGUCUUGGGCAAUUACCGGUUGUUCUAUCAUGGCAGAUAGUUGGCGGGAUACACAGGAUAGAACAUUAAUCAACUUUCUGGUUUCUUGCCCCCAUGGUGUGUAUUUUGUUUCGUCAGUUGAUGCCAGUCAUAUCGUUGAGGAUUCUACAAACUUGUUUAAGUUGCUUGACAAAGUGGUGGAGGAGAUAGGUGAGGAGCAUGUUGUGCAGGUAAUCACUCACAACACUCCCAGUUAUAAGGCUGCUGGGAAGAUGCUUGAAGAGAAAAGAAGGAAUUUAUUCUGGACACCAUGUGCUUCCUAUUGUAUUGAUCGGAUGCUUGAAGAUUUUGUGAAGAUAAAGUGGGUAGGAGAGUGCAUGGAGAAAGGCCAAAAAAUUACAAAGUUCAUCUACAACCAGGUUGGGUUAUUAAAUCUCAUGAAAAAAGAAUUCACUGGGGAGCUGGAACUUCUGAGGCCCGCCAUUACUCGACAUGCCUCUAGCUUUGCUACUUUGGAAAACUUACUGGAACAUAGAAUUAGUCUCAAAAGGAUGUUCCAGUCAAACAAAUGGCUUUUAUCUCGGUUCUCAAAAUCGGAUGAGGGUAGAGAGGUGGAGAAAAUUGUAUUAAAUGCUACAUUUUGGAAAAAGAUGCACUACGUUCGGAAAUCAGUGGACCCCAUUAUGCAAGUGCUUCAAAAGGUCAAUAGCGAUGAAAAACUUUCUAUGGCAUCCAUCUAUAAUGAUAUGUACAGGGCAAAGCUUGCAAUUAGAUCAAUUCAUAAUGAUGAUGCGCGUAAAUAUGGACCAUUCUGCAGUGUGAUUGACAUACACUGGAAUUCGUUGUUACACCACCCUUUAUAUAUGGCUGCUUAUUUCUUAAAUCCUUCAUUCCGAUAUCGCCCUGAUUUCAUAGCGCCAGAAGUGAUACGUGGACUGAAUGAAUGCAUUGUUCGACUAGAGCCAGACAAUGCCAGAAGGGUUUCUGCGUCCAUGCAGAUUUCUGAUUUUAACUCUGCAAAAGCUGAUUUUGGAACUGAAUUGGCAAUUAGUACAAGAACAGAGCUUGAUCCAGCUGCAUGGUGGCAACAACAUGGGAUAAAUUGCUUAGAGUUGCAACGAAUAGCUGUUCGCAUAUUGAGUCAGGCAUGCUCGUCUUUUGGUUGUGAACAUAAUUGGAGUAUAUAUGAUCAGAUCCAUAACCAGAGGCGCAAUCGUUUAGCUCAGAAAAGAUUAAAUGAGCUUAUCUAUGUUCACUACAACUUGCGACUUAGGGAACGCCAAUUAAGAAAAAUUUCAAGUGAUUCAAUCUCCCUUGACAGUGUUCUUGUAGAAACUUUACUAGAAGACUGGAUUGUGGAGGCAGGGAAACAGAACUUGCAUGAAGAUGAGGAAAUCCUUUAUAACGAAAUGGAAGAAGCUGAUGCAUAUGAAAAUGACUUGACUGAGUUUGAAGAUGGGGCUGCAGAGGCUCAGAAAGGAUCCUAUGAGAUGGUAGCUCUGGCUGAUGUAGAAUCCUAUGAUAUUAAUCCCUCCAAUGUUGGGGCUGCCAGUGAUGAUGAUACAGACCUCAAUUUUCUUGAUGAUGAUUUGAGUGAUUAGCUCAGCUGUGGCUUUAGUCAAUUGACACCAAGUAAUGAAUCUGAAUACUGUUAUUGCAAUGACCAGAUGAAGUAGUAUCAAAAAAGGAAAAAGAAAAAAAGGCAAUGAUGAAGUUGGAGCGGUUGUCUUUGCUCCAUCACUCUUGUGUAAUCUUCUCAUUAAAUUUCAUUAUAAUGAAGAAAGUUGAGAUUUUACUGUACUAUGCUAUAUCAUGCUAGUUUUGUUUGAAAAUUUGGGAAGAAGAUUGCCAUUUAUGGCAAUGCAUAGUAUUGGUUUGCUUCAGAACCAGUAAUAUUUGAAGUUUAAAAAGCCUAUUCUUAAGAUUGC